AAUAUGUAAUUCUAAUUCUAGAGUGGCCAAUAAGAAACAGUGAGCAGGAGACUUAACGGUCAAAUUGACGGGUGAAGAGCCAAGAAAUGGUCGCCGGAGAUCCCGGCGUUGUCGUCUCCAGGCUGAAGAGAGAAGACUGUAAGCACACCAAACACGACCGCCACUUUUCAAGAUGGGAGAUUCUGGUUGGCCCAUCUGAUUGGGAAGACCAUUCUCUGGGAAAGGAAGGAGCAGAAAGGUACAGGGUUCAUAAUCUCCCAAAAAAUUCAGGUCCAGGAGUAUAUGAACUUGGCAUUGCUGUAUCUCGAACUGGUUUCGGCCGUGAAAUAGGCAAGCUUAUACCAGAACGGAUAGUUGUCGUUUACCUUGGACAAGCUGAUAGUGUGAGGACUCGACUUCAGCGGUAUGGCCGGAGUGGUGCUCAUCUGGGCAAUAGCUACUCCUCUGGUUUCUCAAUUGACUCUAAAGAGGCUCUUCAGAAGGGACCUGGAUUGUUUGAGGAGAUUCUGUUAAGCGGCUAUCCAAUUGUCUUUAGAUGGGCACCUAUGCCGAGCAAAAGUGACGCAAUAAGAAUAGAAACUCAACUGCUUAACACAUUUGAUUAUGCAUGGAACACAAGCAUUAAUGGCUCACGGCGCCCCAAUGAUAUCCUUCAAAAGUUAAAGAAAAUUUCUUCAUCUACCACCCACUUUUAUGAUAGUGUACUUAAGCUUGUACCUUUCAGUCAAAAGCAAGUAGGUAUAAGAAUCGAAGCAAGAAAAUCGCCUUCAACAGAGGGCAAAUUCAAUCCUCGUGUCGAUGAAGAGAGCCACAAUUUCCUUUCUCGAGUUUUCAAGUUUAGAAGGUCCCAGCCCAAGUUGGUUUUGGAUAGAAGUACCAUUCCUCCAGAGGACAGGACCACCAUUUGUGGUGUAGUUUUGGGUCAUGAUUCCAUUUGUAGAAGGCCACCAGUCGAAGGAAGGAAAAGAUGUGCUGAUCACAAAGGGAUGAGGGUUAAAGGGACAGUUAAGGUUGAGAUAUCGAAUAGCAAUGAGGACUCAAAAGGGGUGUCACAGGUUACGGUCAACUAUCUUACCAGUGAGAGCUUCACUCCUACUUGUGGAUUCAUCUUAGCUGAUGGCUCUCCUUGCAAAAGUCAGCCAAUUAAAGGAAACAAAAGGUGUAUUGAGCAUAAAGGAAGGAGAAUUCGUAAACCCAAUUUUGUCUUAGUCCAAAAUGAAAAAAUAGACCAUCUUCUUCAAUCAGUGGUUUCCUGAUAUAUUUUUGAGGGAAAUUUGCAAAUCUGAGAAAGUUCAAGUUAGAAUUUUUUUCAAAGAGCUCUAACAACUGGUCUGGAUACCCAUUCGAAUAAGAUUAGGCCUUGGGGUAACAUAUUUACCAACAAGUUCAGCUACACAAAACAAAAUCCCAUUUGUUGUACAAGAGUUAUGAAUAAGAGACUACUAAUUUAUCAUUCCCUCACACAAGGAGGGAGCAAUCACAGCUUAUUAUUCUUUGUUCGAGUAAAAAAAAGGUGCUUGUUUCUGUUGUGGAUUAUUUUGUUCAAUUACUUCACAUAAUUAUUGAUUUAUUCAUCUGUA